AUGUAUAGAUCACCAUCAGCAUCAACUAUAGAAGAUUGGGCUACAUUCAUCCAAAAAACCCAGGAAAUUAUACUAUCAACUAAUCCUCUAUGCAAUGAAAUUCUACUUAUGGGUGAUUUUAACAUCAACAUCCUUGAUUCUUCCAAAAGAACCAGUGAAUUUCUAGACCUUUUGGAAGCUGCAAAUCUAUCUCCGAUUUUUAAUCAAUCUACAAGAAGAAACCUUUUAUCUGGUAAUGACUCUUCACUAGAUAACAUCUAUACAAAUAGUGUGCGCUUAAGUGACUUUCAAGUAAUCAGAAACUACAAAUUAUUAGAUCAUGACAUUCUAUCAACUAAAAUCAAUCUUGGCAUCAACAAACCAAUCAUUAAAUAUAAAAUCGGAAGAAAAAUUAAUGAAGAGACUAUGCUACUGCUUGAAACUCAGCUCUCCACAGAAGACUGGACAAAAGUCCUCAACUCUGAGGAUCCCAACCAAGCCUAUAAUGAAUUUCUAGAAAUUUUCUUGUUCUACUUCAAUACUAUCUGUCCAGUGUUAAAAUCUAAAAUUAGAACUGAUAAGAAAAAAAUUGUUAACUAUUCAGUAGAUAUUAACUACUAUCACAAUAUGAUAUGUUUUCUUGAAUCAACUUUACCCUCGAGUAAUAACAGAGACAAUGUAUUAAAAUCCAUUAAGUUGUACAGAUCUAAAUUGAAAUUGGCAUAUGAUAUUGAGAGGAAAAGAGCUAAUCAGCAGAAAAUUUAUAAUUCCCAAAAUAUAAGCAAAACUACAUGGGCCAUUAUUAAUUCAAACAAAUCAGAACAAGCGAGUUCUGAAAGCAUCUCUCUUUUAGUGCAGGGGAAACCCUGCUCUAACAACAAAGAGGUUGCAGAUUCUUUUAAUAACUACUUUCUUAAUAUUCCUUCAAUGAUAGCUCAAAAACUAAACAGGCACCAAUUUGAUCUAAGCAAUGUUCAAAAGGUCAAUAACUCUAUAUACCUAUAUGAUUGUACCCCUUUGGAAAUAGAAAAUGAAUGUUCAAAAUUCAGUAACAAAAAAUCGUCUGGUAUUGAUGGAGUUUCAAACUUUGUAAUUAAGAAAAUGAAGAAAGUAAUAUCUAAACCAUUAGCCCAUAUUAUAAAUCUCUCCAUGAGAACAGGAAUUUUUCCAAAUCAAUUAAAAAAGACUCUAGUUAAGCCGCUCUUCAAGAAAGGUGAUAAGUCAAAUACUGAAAACUAUAGGCCUAUUGCACUAACUUCUCCUUUUUCAAAAAUAUCCGAAAGGAUAUAUGUUAAAAGAGUUACUGGCUUCCUUGAAAAAAACAAGGUAAUAGAUAAAAAUCAAUAUGGUUAUCAAAAAGGAAGGUCUUGCUCUGAUGCUAUUCUACAUGUUAAUGAUUAUAUCCUGAAUUGUAAAAAACAAAAACUUCUAGCAGUAGCACUUUUUCUAGAUCUAAGCAAGGCCUUCGAUUGUGUUGAUCACAAAAUACUCUUGUCCAUAUUGGAUAGAUAUGGAAUCAGAGGUAUUCCUCUUAACCUUAUUUCGCUUAUACUUUCUGAAUUUGUUCUAUACGUGGACGACACCACCAUCAUAAUUCCUGGUAAAACUAUUCAAGAAAUCGAAGCUAAGGCUAUUGCUGUUCUGACCAAAGUUGAAAUUUUUUUCUCUUCCUUAGGCCUAGCUCUAAAUUUAUCAAAAACAAUCUGCAUGCUUUUUAAUUCAUCUCUCGAUUCAGCAAUUUCAAUCAAUAUUAACAAUGUCAAAAUUGAACAAGGUUUGCAGACAUUCCAUCAUGACCAGGGUCAACAACGCCAAUACCCUGCCCCUGUGUCAUCAGUGCUUCCACCACAGAUGGCUGCAGCAGCUUCUGAUGGUUUUUAUGCACCCGAGACCUCUCACCGAGACACACACCCUAUUCGCCAGCUGCAUCAGAGGCCAGUAUCAGAACAAACUGCCUUUCAUUUCAAUACAUCUGCUCCUCGUCCAUCUGCUGAGGCCCAAACUCAACAUUCAGGUUUGCAGACAUUCCGUCAUGGCCAGGGACAACAACGCCAACACCCUGCCCCUGUGGCAAGGGGAAACUCUGGUGUAUUUUCUAUCCGAUGGGUGUAG